AUGGACAAAAAAACGAAGAAGAAGCAUGGCGCGUCGCGAAGAUCCCGGUUCGAUGAAGAGGACGAUGACAAUUGGGACGACGCAACUGAGCGACGUGCAGAAGAACGUCGUCGGCGGAAGGCGGAAAGGAAAGCCCAGAGGGACUUGGAAGUUGAAGCCGUAGAAGAGGCUUCUGGCCCGCCGAAGCUCCUUAUCCCCGAGUUCAUCAACCUGGCCAACUUGGCUUCUGCCCUAAAGCUGAAGCCCGAUUUCCUCCUGAACUCGCUACUGGAAAUGGGCUUCGAGAAUCUGUCGCCCGACAGCAUCUUUACCGGAGAGACUGCUGCCUUGGUGGCGAUGGAGUUUGGAUAUGACGCCUCCGUAGAUACUGGAGGCGAACGUGACCUCCGAGUGCGACCGCCACCAGAAGAUGUCUCAUCGCUACCCCAGCGACCGCCCGUCGUCACGAUCAUGGGGCAUGUCGAUCAUGGCAAGACCACGCUGCUGGAUUGGCUCCGAAAGUCGUCGGUUGCCGCUCAGGAGCACGGUGGGAUCACGCAACACAUCGGUGCCUUCAUGGUCAAGAUGUCGUCGGGCAAGUCCAUCACAUUCCUCGACACGCCGGGUCAUGCGGCGUUCUUGACGAUGAGACAGCGAGGUGCUAAUGUCACCGACAUUGUGGUCCUGGUCGUGGCCGCUGACGACAGCGUGAAGCCACAGACGCUCGAAGCCUUGAAACAUGCCAGGGCGGCCCAGGUGCCCAUGAUUGUGGCCAUCAACAAGAUUGACAAACCUGAUGCUCGGCCGGAUCAGGUCAAGGCUGACCUCGCGCGCUACGGCGUCGAGAUUGAGGAUUUUGGCGGAGAGGUGCAGGUCGUCUGUGUUAGCGGAAAGACCGGCGAAGGCAUGGAGGAUCUGGAGGAAAACAUCAUCACCUUGUCCGAGAUUCUGGACGUCCGCGCGGAACCAGAUGGCAUGGCCGAAGGCCACAUUCUGGAGGCCAGCGUGAAACAACACGGCAAGUCGGCGACGAUCCUCAUCAAACGUGGCACGUUACGGCCCGGCGACAGCAUCGUCGCGGGGACGGCAUGGGCGAGGGUCCGCGUUCUCAGGAACGAGGCCGGUGUCGAACUGACCGAAGCUCCGCCUGGCACUCCAGUCGAGGUUCUUGGCUGGCGAGAUGAGCUUCCGGCGGCCGGCGACGAGGUUCUACAGGCACCCGACGAGGAUCGCGCGCGGACAGCAAUUGGCUACCGUAUGGAGAUGCGCUACCGAGAAGAAUCCUCCAAGCAGCUGGCCGAACAGGAGCAGCGGCAGCGUGAGAAGGAGGAAGCCGAGAGAGCCGCCGCCGAGGCUGAGGCUGAUGAUGUCGAAGUGGACGAAGAAACCGGAACGACCAUGGUCAACUUCACCGUCAAGGGUGACGUCGUCGGCUCGGUCGAAGCCGUCUGUGCCACGAUCCAGGAACUCGGCAACCACGAGGUCCAACCCCGUAUCCUCCGCUUUUCGGCAGGCCAGGUGUCCGAGUUUGACAUCGAUCACGCGGCCACGUCCCGGAGCACCAUCGUCAAUUUCAACAACGCGAUCCCCGCGCACGUCAAGCGGCUUGCUGAGGACAAGGGCGUGCGGAUCUUGGAUCACACUGUCAUCUACCACCUCUCCGACGAUGUGCGCCAGACCCUGAGCGCACAUCUAAGCGACACCAUCACCCACAAGGUCAUUGGCGAGGCCGAGAUCCUUCAGAUCUUCCCCAUCAACAUCAAGGGGCGGACGUUCCGCAACAUUGCUGGAUGUAGAAUCCGGAACGGAAUGAUCACUCGGUCGGGCUCCGUACGUGUGCUGAGGCGGGGUGAGAAGGUCUUCGAUGGCAAGAUUGACGCCCUUAAACACGGCAAGAAGGAUGUGAGUGAGAUGCGCAAGGGCACUGAAUGCGGCGUCUCGUUCGACGGCUUCGAGGGCUUCGAGGUCGGCGACCAGAUUCAGACGUACGAGGAAGUGAGGGAGAAGAGGACCUUGUAA